AUGAUCCCUAUUGCUGGUGGUUGCUUUGCUGAUGUGCGCAAACAUCUAGACUGGAUUUGCGAUGUAUCGGGAGUUUGCUCUGAAACAACCAAUCGCCAUAGUGAGUCGAUUCCAUCGCCACCGUGGCCAGGACCUUCUAUGGAAUUCCAGAAGAAAUUCUCUGAGAAUGGCAACUAUUAAGCAUUCAAUGAUCAGCUUUUGUUCUCGGUAAACGUUUCA